AUGGCCCGCAAGCCCAUCGUCGGCGGGAACUGGAAGUGCAACCCGGCGACGGCGUCGAGCCUGCCGGAGCUCGUGUCCAACUUCGACGGCUGCGCGGCCUACCUCGACAAGUGCGACGUCUACGUCUGCCCGUCGAACCUCCACGUCGCCCUCGUCGCGCCGCAGAACUGCAACUUCGGCGGCUGCGGCGCCUACACGGGCGAGAUGGCCGUGGACCAGGUCAAGGACAUGGGCAUGGACACGGUGCUCAUCGGCCACAGCGAGCGCCGCGGCGAGUUCGGCCUGCCCACGCCGGCGGAGUCGAACGCGCUCAUGGCCACCAAGCUCGCGUACAUCCUCGAGCACGGCCUCUCCUGCGUCUUCUGCAUCGGCGAGCCGUUGCCCAUCCGCGAGCAGGGCAUCGACGCCGUCCUCGCCGAGUGCGUGAGCCAGCUCGAGGACAUCGUUCCCAUCCUCAAGGGCCUCGAGGACAAGUCGCGCGUCGUCAUCGCCUACGAGCCCGUCUGGGCCAUCGGCACGGGCGUCACGGCGUCGCCCGAGCAGGCCCAGGAGACGCACAAGGCCAUCCGCGACUGGAUCGCCGGCGCCGUCGACCAGAAGACCGCCGACGAGAUCCGCAUCCAGUACGGCGGCUCGGCGAACGCGGCCAACGCGCCGGACCUCUCCGCCAUGCCCGACAUCGACGGCUUCCUCGUCGGCGGCGCGUCCAUGAAGGCCGAGUUCGUCGACAUCGUCGCCGCCAUCGCCAAGUAG